AUGUUUCGUAGACAAUUUCUCCCUGUAGCCAGGUCUUCGAACGUAUUAUCAGCUUCCCGAAAUGCUUCUAAACUAAUAAAUGACAAAUUCACCCUAUUAACCUAUAACAUGCUUUCUCCAUCAUACAUGUGGCCCCAAGUUUACACUUACGUGCCUGAUCCGUAUAAAGAUUGGCAAUAUCGACAUAAGCUACUAGAGUCUGAGUUAUUGGGUUCUUACAAGGCUGAUAUUAUGUGUCUACAGGAAAUGACCUCGAGAGACUAUAAUGAAAAUUGGAAAAGGCUGCUGGGAUCUGGAAUUGGUUAUGGUUCUAAAUUUAUCGCCAAGUCUCCACCUUUAUAUUGGGAGAGGGAGGUAGAUGAAAUAGAUGGGGUGGGUAUUUUUUAUAAUCUGAAGAAAUUUGAUUUUAUUUCAUCCUCUGGGAUUUACUUGAAUCAAUUCUUGAAUGUUUUCUCUUCAACUGAAUUAGAAUAUUUGCAUUCAAAAAGAUUGGUCCUUACUGAUGGGGCGGGGGUUCCAAUUGGAGAAAAGAAUUUAUUGGAUGUUAUAUCUGGUAAGAAUCAGGUUUGUCUGUUUGUAUCUUUGAAACAUAAAGAAACAGGUGAGAUGUUCGUUGUCAUCAAUACACAUCUUUACUGGAAAUACGAUGAAGUCAAAUUGACACAAUGUAUGAUAAUUAUGAGAGAAUUAUCGAAGAUUAUUGACGAAUUAGUGAAAGGCGUGGAUGAUCCUGGGAAAGUCAAGAUUUUGUUUACUGGAGAUUUAAACUCUACAAAGAAAUCUCUAGUUAUCAAUUUUUUAAAGGGUCAAAUCCUUAGCCAUGGUCCUUUGAACAUGCUCAAUCCAAUGAGACCAUUUAUCAACAGUUCCAUUUACGAGGAAGUUCCGGAAAAUUUCUUCGUUCACACAUGCUACUCGGGGAAAUUGAAAGGAAUUUUUGAUUAUAUAUGGUACGAUGCAAAAGAAUUGCAAUUGACUAAGAUACUCACGGGUAAAGAAGUAUCCGAUGAACUAACCGAUUUAGAACAAUUUGGUUUACCCAAUAAGGACCAUCCCAGUGAUCAUAUUCCCGUAUUGACUGAGUUCCAAAUUUUGACUUCUAAAACAUCGAAGAGUUCGCGAAAAAACGUGGAGAGCGAUGAUGAAAAAUUUGUGACAAAGAUCUCAUAA